GGCCCGGGGGCCGGGGGGCGGCGGGGGCGGCCGGCGGGCGGCCGUGGUGGGACGAUGACUCUGGAGUCCAUCAUGGCGUGUUGCCUGAGCGAUGAGGUGAAGGAGUCCAAGCGGAUCAAUGCCGAGAUCGAGAAGCAGCUGCGGCGGGACAAGCGCGACGCCCGGCGUGAGCUCAAGCUGCUGCUGCUCGGCACGGGGGAGAGCGGCAAGAGCACAUUCAUCAAGCAGAUGCGCAUUAUCCACGGGGCGGGCUACUCGGAGGAGGACAAGCGGGGCUUCACCAAGCUGGUGUUCCAGAACAUCUUCACCGCCAUGCAGGCCAUGAUCCGUGCCAUGGAGACCCUGAAGAUCCUGUACAAGUGCGAGCAGAACAAGGCCAACGCGCUCCUGAUCCGCGACGUGGACGUGGAGAAGGUGACGACGUUCGAGCACCGGUACGUCAACGCCAUCAAGACCUUAUGGGACGACCCCGGCAUCCAGGAGUGCUAUGACCGCCGGCGGGAGUUCCAGCUCUCGGACUCCGCCAAGUACUACCUGGCCGACGUGGACCGCAUCGCCGCCACGGGCUACCUGCCCACCCAGCAGGACGUGCUGCGCGUGCGCGUGCCCACCACCGGCAUCAUCGAGUACCCUUUUGACCUGGAGAACAUCAUCUUCAGGAUGGUGGACGUGGGAGGACAGAGGUCCGAGCGGAGGAAGUGGAUCCACUGCUUCGAGAAUGUGACGUCCAUCAUGUUCCUGGUGGCACUCAGCGAGUACGACCAAGUCCUGGUGGAGUCCGACAAUGAGAACCGCAUGGAGGAGAGCAAGGCGCUGUUCCGGACCAUCAUCACCUACCCGUGGUUCCAGAACUCGUCCGUCAUCCUGUUCCUCAACAAGAAGGACCUGCUGGAGGACAAGAUCCUGCACUCGCACCUGGUGGACUACUUCCCCGAGUUCGACGGGCCGCAGCGGGACGCCCAGGCCGCGCGGGAGUUCAUCCUGAAGAUGUUCGUGGACCUGAACCCCGACAGCGACAAGAUCAUCUACUCGCACUUCACGUGCGCCACCGACACGGAGAACAUCCGCUUCGUCUUCGCCGCCGUCAAGGACACCAUCCUGCAGCUCAACCUGAAGGAGUACAACCUGGUCUGAGCCGUGCCCACGGGCGAGGGCGUCCUUCCUUCUGUCCCCUCCGCCCCCUUCUCCCUGGUCCGCGGCAAGGCCGCCUUUUUCUGGCCUUGACUCGCGGCUCGCUUUUUUCUAAGAAAAACAAAAAACAAAAAAGGAAACAGCAGGAACGCGGGAGCGGCGGAGCCGGGCCGGGCUGGGGUCCGCGCGCGGGCAGGGCCGCCGGCCUCGGAGUCCUGGUGGCCACCCCGGGCCCCCUCCCCGGGCACCGGCGCGCGGCACGGUGACUUUCCUCUCUUUUUUUAAGUUAUUGACACCCUCGCCACUUUCGCUGUGUUUUGCCCACUGGACUCUAAGAAGAGGGGGUGGGUGGCGCCCCCUGUUGCCCACCCUGGGAAGUGCCUAACCAUUUUUUUCUUUUUGAGGAAAACAAAACAAAACGAAGUCCGCCGGCCCGGCGCCCGGAGCAGGGAGGCCGCCUGGACUGGGAGUCGCUAUUGUUUCCUUACGUUCUGUGACCAGCUUGGAAACCGGGAGGGCGGGGUGGGGACUUUUUCAGAAUAUUCUCAGGUCUGUCCCCGAAAGGCGGAGGGAGGGCGUGGCCGCCGCAAGCACCUGCCCCUGCUGCUGCCCUUUGCCCGGCUGCCUAUCUGCCCGGCUGCCCGCCCCUGGCCGCCUGGCCUGGGCCCCUCCGGGAGGGGCCCCGGGGCUGGAAUUCCGGGGCCCGGGAGGCGGCUUUUUCAUCGGAUGUAGACUGAACACUACAGUGUUCCUGUGUGUGUGUGUGUGUGUGUGUGUGUGUGUGUGUGUGUGUGUGUGUGUCUGUGUGUUUGCACAAACGUGACAGGAGGGACAGCCACCCGCCCCGCUGGGCCCCGCCCGUUAGUGGUCUGUGCAGCUCCUCGUUUGGGCCGCCAGCCGACCCAAAAAGUCAGACCCACCAAACGCCAUUCCCGUGCACCUGGCCCCCGCCUCCUCCUCCCGCCUGCCCCGUGCCCGGAGGGGCCUUGUGUGAUGGGCAGCCCCUCACAGGUGGGGAGUGGGGGGACCGUUCCUGGUGAUCAGCCCCACCUGGGGGGCCCCAGCCUUUCACACCAAUUUUUCUCUUGGCAUCUGCAGCCAAGUUCUUUUGUGCCAUGUGUCUGCGUGAGAGGGCGGGUAUGUGGCCUCCAGGCUCGGCCUGGGGGGCGGGGAGUGGAUGGUGCCAGUGGGCCCGCAGGGGGACCUCGGGGUCCUCGCAGGACGUGCGUCUCUGUGUCCUAGCACCUCUCAACGGCUGAGAUGACAAAAAGGGACAGGGUUGGGCCCUCGAGGGGGUGGCGUGAGCAGGUGGGCUGGGGGCACCAGAGUAUUAACCCUUCCCAGAGAGGGGACAGUGUGCCAAGCAUCAGAGCCAAGCCACCCCACUGCCCCCGAGGGUCUGCAGCUGGCUCCAGACCAGUGCCAGCCAGGGUGUGCCCUCCCAUCCGCCUUCUGUGAGCAGCGCCUCCCGAGGUUUCCUCCCAUGCCAGCAGAAGUGAGCCCCUGCACGUGCCCUGGCCUCCCCGGAGGUGUCCCCCUGCCAGGCCCCCAGCGGUAGUGGGGACACGUGCCGGCUGGCCAGUCAGGUGGGCAAUGUCCGGUCAUACCUGUAUAUUAAUUACACAAUCCUGAUUCCAGACGAUUUAAACCUUAAUCUAUUUUAAAAAAGACUUAUAUAAAAAUGCUGUUUUUAAA